AUGAGGAAGCUGACAGAACUACCCACAGCUCUCGUUGGCGCAGAACGAUGGCAAAUUUUUUUGGAGUCUGUCUGCUGUAUUCCAUUUAUAGAGGUAAGCUAUAUUUGGGGUAACCCUCACAUGUUUUGGGAUGAGGGUGAAAGGCUCCCAAGUUGAAGCCACGAACCAUGUACUUCGAUGCAUAAUGACGCUAUUUCUCCCAAGAGUCGUUUUAUUUUAGAAUACUAAAAGCUUUCCUUUUACAGAACAUGAGCCAAAAUGUGUACAUUUUGGGAUCUGGGUCAACCAGGAUCAUGUAUCUAAUCAUGAACCCACCAUCUGUAGACAAAAACGGGUUAUUGUGCCGCGCAUGUCUACAUAUAAUACUUAUUAACCAAGAGUGAGGUCUGAGAUUUCCCUGUAAUGACCGAACGGACUAGGUGAAUAGGGUAAUUAUUAUAUGGCCUUUUUAUUAUGGAGCUGAGCCUGCGAUAAAUUAAAACCAACAACUGACCGGCAGAUAACUUUAAAAAAACGCCACUUCAAUGAACCUUUGAUACAUUCAGGUGACACUAGGCAGCGUAUGCUCUUUUUGACAGCUGUCAAUUGACCAUAACAUGGAUGGCCAUAAGGAUGUCCACUAUCAAGUUUUAAUAAAAUCCAACUGGUGGUCUAUUAUCAAUGCUGCGUUCUGAUUGGUUGAGCUACUACUAGGCUCUAUGUUAUAGCCCACUAGUAGCGAAAGCGCCGGCUUUUUGGCGACCAAAAAAGGAUGAAGUCUAGCUUUAACCAGCUUAAGUUGUUUUGUCUCGAUAUUUUUGACCAGCUAGUUGGAUUUUACUAAAACAAUUAUUUCUCUCGCCCUCAUGGCCUAUGAGUCAAUAGCCCAUUCGGCCUUUGGCCUCUUGGGUUAUUGCCUCAGAGCCCAUUCGAGCUCGAGGAAUAAUUGUUAAAAACACAGAUUGUAUAUGCCCUGGACACCUAGCUAGUAAUGCCCGGUCAUUACAAGAAAACAGCCAAUCAGAGCGCGCGUGCUAUUGUAGCCAUAUAAUAUAACGAUAUAACGAAGGACUGGCAAAAUUUAUUCGCUAUACCGAGGUUUCGUUAUGUCGAAGUUCUUUUUCAUGUAUUUUACUGUUAUUGGGGUAAAGAAAACCGUGAGUUACAUCGACGACUUCGUUAUGCAGAGAUUCGUUAUAUCGAGGUUCCACGGUAUUAGCUUCUGCUUUUGGCUUGCUCUGCUGGGAGGAAAAAAAUAGAUUUGGUUUUUUAAGGGAAAGUCCGUAUGUUGACAUACAAAUCUCAAACUGUCUCUUUUUCAGGCAAAGUGUUCUGUUGGUCUAGUUUACGAGCUCAUAAACGAAAUCAAACAAGCUUCAACCCUCGCGAGGUCACAUGGGAACCAACAAACAGCCUUGAGUUUCAAAGAGUUUGCGCAGAUGUUAAGUGAAAAUGUUCAAGUUCUAGAUCAGUAUCCAGAAUGCACCUUACAGCAAUCUGCUAAUUUUCCUGACUCAAGCGCACCAGCAAAGACGGCCCAGGUAAACAAUGUAGUCUUCUUACGGAUUCAUUCAAUCAUGCUAUGUUCUCCACGCAUAAGGAAAUUCAAGACUGUUGGAUUCUGGAAUCCACGCCAUGGAUUCUGGAUUCCAGGUACUAGAUCCUUCAUUCCUUGUCAGUGGAACUUGAUUCUGGAUUCCAAUGUUUAGUGGGAUUCCGGAUUUCUUGAACUGAAUUCAGGAUUCCACGAGCCAAAAUAUGCUUGCGAUUGGCUGUUGAUCUGCCCAGUUUCCGUAACAAGUUUUCUGAGUCGGACUUGAAAAGUGAAAACUUCAAGACAGAGUACAUUACUUUCAACCCAUCAAAACAAAUAAUACAAUCAAAGGAACACACAGAUGUAUUCUGGAAACCUUUUCUUUCUACUUCCAGACCUAUAUAGCCUCUCUGACUAACAAGCCACAUUGGUUAUGUCACGUGAACAAACCUCAGGAGUUGAGCGCCAAGGUGCUGUCUUUAAACUGGGGUAGAUUCUCUGGAUCUCAGUCCAUUGUUUUCUCACCCGAUGGCCGCUAUCUUUGUUGUGGCACAAAAUCCGAGACUGGUCGCACGUAUUACUUGACCGUAUGGGACGUCGAAACAGGC